AUGGCGGAACUGAAACCGCGCAAAUCAGUCGCCUUCGCCGACGGCCAAACCGUGGUCGACAGCGAUGGCAACGUCACGGAACACUCCAACGGCGUGCACGAUGGCGAGAAGGACUCUGCCGAGUCGCACAGCAAAGACGGCACCAACGGCGAAGUCGAUGAGAUCACGGCCAUGAUGGAGGGUCUCACCAAGAAGAAAAAGAAGAAGUCAUCAUCAUCAAAGGAGAAGAAAGAAGAGGAUGGCGAGGAGGGUGGUGAGGAGAAGAUCGCAGACGACGGCGAAGUCGACCUCUCAGCACUCAAGAAGAAGAAAAAGAAGAAGGUCAAGGCGCCCGAGGGCGAUGACUUCGAGAAGCAGCUCGCAGAGGCGGGCGCAGGGGGCGAGGAGCAAGAAGACGAGGAGGCAGCACCCAAGAAAGGUGGUGACUCAGACGAGUCUGGCGUUCAAGACGGCGACAUCCACGGCGGCACGGGCAUCUGGGCACACGACGAGACCAAGGCAUACAACUACGAGAGCCUACUCUCACGAUUCUUCGUCAUGCUGCACGACUCGCAUCCUGACCUUGCCUCUAGCGGCGGCAAGAGCUACAAGAUCCCACCACCGCAGUGUCUCCGUGAAGGAAACAAGAAGACCAUCUUCGCCAACAUUGCCGACAUCUGUAAGAGGAUGAAGCGGACGGACGAGCACGUCACGCAGUUCCUGUUCGCCGAAUUGGGUACCAGUGGAUCCGUGGACGGAAGCAGGAGAUUGGUUAUCAAGGGUCGCUUCCAGCAGAAGCAGAUCGAGAACGUGCUGAGACGAUAUAUCGUCGAAUACGUCACCUGCAAGACCUGCCGCUCCCCCGACACCGAGCUCAACAAGGGAGAAAACCGCCUCUACUUCGUCACCUGCAACUCCUGCGGCUCCCGCCGAUCCGUCACCGCCAUCAAGAGCGGUUUCUCCGCACAAGUCGGCAAGCGUAAGAGAAUGCAGAAGUAA